AUGGGUAACCAGUCGACGAAAUCAUCACAUGGUACCACACGGGUAUCUCAUUCAAAAUCAGCACACCAUAAUUCAAGUAGAGUAACUUCUGACGUAAUUCCAAGAUCUGCAUCAGCUAUCUCUUCUCAUGACCGGUAUUACUCGGAAUCUCAAUCAUCCUCUCCUCCAGCAGUGUGUCCAGUUUCAGCUCCAGGAAAGUAUCGGAAUGUAAAAGGAAAAGACAUUCCACCUAUAAGUCUCACUGAUGAGUACAAUAAUUCUGAUGACGAGGUGUUCUGCUCAACGAGAUCUUCUACACAAUCGCCCUUAACACAUGAUGGAACACGACAGAAAGUAGGAUCUCCUGUGAACCGACGAUCAGUUGAUUCAACGAAUUCUGAUUUAUUAGAAGCAGUGACACCUCGGAGCCACAUAUCAGUGAAACGUACAGUUAGCAGUGGACAAGAACAUACUGCAGAUCACUCGAAUAUGCAAAAGAGCAGCUCUUUGAAAUUCACACGUCCUGGAGUUCGCAGUGAAGGCAAGGAAACCACGCCUUCUACCAGCUCGAAUCCGACCAUAUUCCCCUGUAUCCACCAGUUCCUUCAUCUCACUCAACCUCAAAUUAUCUUCGUAAGGAAAACCUGGAGCCACGCUAGAAACCAGGGAGCACUCGAGCCGGCUAUCAGUAUAUUCCGUAACUCCUUUUUCAAAAAUCCCGAAAUCAGACAAAUGAUCAUGUUUGGAACGAAAAAUGAAGGUCAUGAGAGGUUGAAAAGACACGCUCAAUUAUUCACAGUUUUGAUGGAUGACCUGAUUGCGAGUCUAGAUUCUCCAUCAGCUACAGUAGCUGGGUUGAGAGAAGCUGGAGAGAAGCAUGUUUGGCCGGUGAAAAAUCAAUAUGGAUGUCCGUUCCACGCCCAUCUUAUGGACCAAUUCGCCACUGCAAUGAUCGAAAGAACACUGGAAUGGGGAGAGAAAAAGGAUAGAACUGAGACCACCCAAAGAGGAUGGACCAAAAUUGUGUUAUUUGUGACGGAACAAUUGAAAGAGGGAUUCCAGGAUGAGCAGAAAAGAGCCAGAAGGAUGAAGGCUCAGAUAAAAACGAGUGCGGGAAGCGCUAGUUUUGAAAUCUCGUCAAGGGUGAAACAAAGUGACAUGAAACGAUUCCACACCGUGGAUAAUAUGUGA